GUGAUAGUGUUACUUUUUACGAUGAUGAUGAUGAUGAUGGCAUCGAAUGGCGUCGAGAAUGAGUUAAGAGAAGUAGGAAUUGGGGUGAUUCUUGAUAUGGAUUCCAACGUUGGGAGGAGCACUCGGAUUUGCAUUUUAAUGGCUCUUGAAGACUUUUAUGGUGCACGACACAAUAACUUCACCACCAUCAUUCACCCCCAUUUCCGUGAUUCCAAAUUCGACAACUUCCGAGCUGCUUCUGCUGCCAUAGACCUUCGAAAAAACACGCAAGUUAUUGCCUUUUUUGGACCCCAACAAUCAUCACAGGCACAUUUUGUACUUGAUAUUGCGAAUACAUUCAAACUUCCGGUAAUAUCUCCUGCAACGAGUCCGUCUCUCUUCAAAACAAAACCCUUACUUCAUUCGUAUAGCACAAAAUUCCUCGACACAAGCCGAACCUAUAGCAGCUCUCAUCAAGUCAUUUGGUUGGACGGAAGUUGUGUUCGUUUUUGAAGAUACUGAUUUUGGAAGGGGACCAAUUCCCUAUUUAUUCGAUGCCAUGGGAAACAUUGGCACUCGAGUCAAGUAUUGCACACUUUUGUCUCCUUCAUCCUCGGAUAAUACACUUAUGGAACAAGUCUACAAAUUAAAGACCACGAAAACCCGAGUUUUUGUGGUGCACAUGUUACCAGCUCUUGCUUCACGUUUUUUCAGGAAAGCAUACGAACUUGGAAUGAUGGCUCCGGGAUAUGCAUGGAUCAUAACAGAUGUUCUUACUGGUUUCUUAUCUCAUUUGGAUCCUCAAGAUUUAGAUUAUAUGCAAGGUGUACUAGGGGUAAAGCCUUAUAUACCACCAUCCAACCAUCUAACUAGCUUUGAGAGGAAAUGGAGGACACGAUUCCAUAAAGAAUACCCUAAUAUGCCGAGAAUUGAGCUUGAUAUGUUUGGGAUAUGGUCUUAUGAUUCUAUAUCUGCAUUAGCGGCCGCACUACAAAGAAUUGAGAAUGAACCAAGUACCAAUACGAAGAUACAUGACUUGGCAGCCAUUGAAAUUUCGCAAUUGGGAUCCAAACUCCUUCCAUUGAUCCAAAACACGAGGAUUAAAGGGUUAAGUGGCGAUUUCCAUGUUGUCAAUGGACAAUUACAAACUUCGGCUUACCAAAUAGUGAAUGUGAUUGGAAAUGGGGAGAAACAUAUUGGAUUUUGGAAUCCAAUGACAGGACUAUCAAAACAAACGAGAAACAAUCAAAAACUAGAUUACACCACUAGUAAAGAUAUACUUAAAGCCAUCAUAUGGCCUGGUGAUACUCCAAAAAUCCCAGAAGGUUGGGACAAUAAGAAACUACGAGUGGGAGUUCCAGCUUUAAGGGGGUUUGUGGAGUUCAUGGAGGCCUAACGAGACCCUAUAACAGAUGUAGUUUAUGCAAAUGGAUUUUGUAUAGAUGUUUUCUAUGCAGUCAUAGAUGCAAUGCGAUAUGCUGUAAAAUACGAAUUCAUUCCCUAUGAAAGUCCUGAUGGCGAGAGCUCUGGAAAUAUCGAUGAUCUUGUUUAUCAGAUUGCGCUUGGGAAAUUCGAUAUGGUGGUUGGGGAUGUGGCUAUCUUGUGGAACAGAUCAAACUAUGUUGACUUCACUUUGCCAUUCUCGGAGCUUGGAGUUGGAAUGCUUGUUCCAGUUAAGGAUGAGGACAGAAAGAAUGAAUGGAUUUUUAUGAAACCCCUUGAAACAAAGCUAUGGAUAGCAAUAUGCAUCUUUCUUAUAUACACUGGAUUUGUUGUUUGGGUUUUAGAGCAUCGUGUAAACAUAGAUUUUCGUGGCCCUCCUUAUCAACAAGUCGGAAGGACCUUUUGGUUUAUCUUCUCCACCCUUGUUUUUGCACACAGGGAGAAGAUCAUAAACAACCUAUCUAGAUUUGUGUUGAUAGUGUGGCUACUUUUUGAUCUAGUUCUAACCUCCAGCUACACAGCAAGCUUAUCAUCCAUAUUAACAACACAAGGUCUUCAACCAACUGUCACUAAUAUAUAUGAACUCAUAGCAAAAGGAGAGUACGUAGGCUUCCAAGACGGUUCUUUUGUUGAGGGUAUCUUAAAAAAUAUGGGGUUUCGUAGUGACAAGUUGAAGAAGUAUCGCAGCUUCAAAGAGUAUGAAAAUGCCCUUUCUGAUGGAAGUGAAAACAAUGGAGUUUCUGCCAUUGUUGAUGGGAUCCCUUAUCUCAAGAUGUUGCAGGCCAAAAAUUGCAACAAGUACCUAAUAGUGGGGGGUCAGAUAUACCACACUGCAGGCUUUGGUUUUGCAUUACCAAAAGGAUCACCACGAGUAGCUGAGUUCUCAAAAGCUAUUUCAAAGGUGGUAGAAAGGGAAAUGAGAAACAUAUUAGACAAGUGGUUUGGAAAUGAAGCUUAUUGCCCCGGGCAAAAUGGCCAAGCUCAAUCUUUUUAUAAGCUGAAAUGGGCUAGUUUUAAGGGUCUUUUUCUGAUUGCCAGUUUGUCUUCAACAUACGCAUUGGUUGUAUAUAUAGCAAUGUUCUUGUAUGAAAACAAGGAAAUACUAGCCUCAGAGGGUUCAAUACGCCAAAAGAUGAACAUGUUGAAGCAAAGGUUUUUUGAGGAGAAAUAUAAGAGAUCCAUUGGAACACAAAAAGUCGACUAUAGUCAUGAUGUACCUGCUGAAGAGAACACGAUGGACAUCACACCGUCAAUGCCAACUCAGACAAUCAUUGACGAGCCUCAAGAUGAAGAAGUGUUAACAAAUCUGACAAGCAAUGUAGAACACCAAGGUGAAGGCAGGAGUAUCUCGACACCUGAUAGUGAGAUUCAUAGUACCUCGACACCUGAUAGUGAGAUUCAAAUAUGAACCAAGACAUGCAUGUAUACUUAAAACAGUAUGUUAAAGUGCAGUACUGAGGUUAUUAUUUCUUGUUUGAACUUAAAAGUUGUUGAAAAUAAUAGA